AUGGCGCUGGACAUUAUCAACACAAACAUACACUUAGAAAAGGAGAUCCUGGCCCCGUAUUCGCACCUCAUGCAGAUGAAAGGCAAGCAGAUACGUGUAAAGAUCUGUCGUGCCUUUAACUUUUGGCUACAUGUGCCUGAGGACAAGGAACGAUACAUCGUCGAUACCGUUGCCAUGCUGCACAAUGGGAGUCUGUUGAUGGACGAUAUUCAAGACAACUCCACCAUACGCCGCGGUAUACCGGCCGCUCACUGCGUUUAUGGAGUGCCGCUUACGAUCAAUGCUAGCUCACACAUCUACUUCCUCGUCAUCAAGCGGAUCCUGAAAUUAGGCGUUGCGGCAACGCAAGUAUUCUCUGAGGAAAUUCUGGAGCUAUUUCGCGGACAAGGCAUUGACAUCUACUGGCGGGAUAAUUUCAUCUGCCCCACUGAAGAGGAAUAUAAGGAUAUGCUCAAACAAAAGACCGGCCACAUGUUUAUAUUGGGUGCCCGAUUAAUGCAAAUUUUCAGUAAAAACAAAACAGAUUUCAGCAAUUUCGCACUUCUCCUUGGUCUGUACUUCCAGAUCAGAGAUGACUACUGUAAUCUGACGCAGCAAGAGGCACAAAAAGAUAUCAGCUUCUGCGAAGACCUGACGGAGGGAAAAUAUAGUCUGCCGAUCAUACAUGCGGAGAAGUUUCCAGAGAGUAAAGAAAUACUGAGUGGCUCGCUUUGGAGGCAACCCAGCGAUGGAGGCUGUUCUUGA